AUGAUGCGUACCAGCACACACCUCGAUCUCCUCUGUCCGGCUACGCCCGGCAUGAUUGCAGAGGCCAACAAAGGGAACGGCUGUGUCAUCUGCAUGAAGCCGCUCGUAUCCAACCACCCUCAUUAUAAAGAGGAGGACUUCCUGCAAUGCCUCGAAUACGCCGUGGCUGAUCGUCGACGCGUCUGGACCAACAAUCCAAAACCCACCUCCGGCACGGAGAUGUACUGUGCCAUCCCAGUCACCUUGAGCUGCGGACAUGUAUUCGGCUACGAGUGCAUCACCAGCUGGUUCCAAAAGACCGAGAAUCGUGCCAACAAUACCUGCCCCAUCUGCCGCACCAAGCCCACCAGCACCUAUCGCGCUCUUUCGCCCAAAGCGCAAAGCUUACAGAAUACCUUGGAUGCCUACACAACCGCAUUUAAAACCCAAACCAACAGCAUCCUCCGGCAGGGGUGCAAGUGCCUUUUCACCCUCAGUAUCACACCCCAACGCCUCGCCGCUUGGGGCCGCGAAGUGCAGGGUUUGAUGCUGGCGCUCGCCGCCGAGCAUCCAUGCAGCUUGGAGAUCCCUAAACCACUGGUCAGGAGCAUGGAGCUGUUUUGCUCGAGCUGGGCAACCGGUAUUUGCUGCUGGAUAGCGGGGAAAGAGAAGGUCGGCGAUGAGCCUCUGGACGCGGCACUGUUCCAGAUGGUUUCCAGCUCGCAAACUUGUUUUACAGAGGCUGUGGGCCGCGGUGAGAUUCUUGAAUGUGCGUGGCGGUUUGUUAUUGGGAUCAUGCUUCACUAUCGUCACUUUUUUGAUCAGGUGCUUGGGUGUGGUAUUAUGGACCAGCAGAGGCGUUUGGGUGUUUAG